AGUGGAGAGCGGUGAACUGGGCGGAUUAGCGCGAGCUCAUCUCCUCUCUGCUGCGCGAGGCCGCGGUGCUGGAGGAGAUAACGGGUCAGGGAGCAUCUUCACAGAGCAGGCGGCUGUAGGACAGCAGGACGGACGGUGGGAUGUACGCUGGACAGAUGCAGUGUUCUGGAGCUGAGGAUCUGACGGAUGAGGAGAAGGAGAUCAUUAACAGUGUUCUGGCCCGAGCCGAGAUGAUGGAGGCCAUGGAGCAGGAGCGGAUUGGGCAUCUGGUGAAUCGGUUGGACAGAAUGAAGCAGACGGCGUGUGGUGACGGACACUCGCGCUGUCUGCACUGCGGACAGCAGUUCAGCAUGAUGGGAGUCAGCGCCGUCACGUGUGAGGAGUGCAAGAAGAACAUGUGCAGUAAGUGUGGGAUUCGCAGUAACAGCCGCUCCUGUCCUGCAUGGCUGUGCAAAAUCUGCAGCGAACACAAGGAGAUGCUGAAGCGAUCCGGAGCCUGGUUCUUUAAGGGGUUACCCCAGCAGGUCCUGCCCUCACCCUUACCCAUCACCAAGCACCUCACCCACACCCCUGCAGCUCCAUAUUCCAACUCACAGAACGGAGACAGCGGGCAGCUUCUCGACAGAGGGCAGCACAGGGCAGCAGAACUGAAGCUUCCUGAGCAGAACGAGCAGAAAAUCACCGUCCAGAACCAGCAGGUGACGGGCGGAGCCAGACCCACCGAGACCAGGAGCUCCGGACAGACCCAGGAACCCGCAGACAGACGGACCGAGCAGAACUCUGAACCAUCAACCACACCUUCUACUACCAGCCUCACUCACAGAGUUGAAACUCUUCACCUGGAGAAGGACGUCCCGCCGGCGGAGAACAGGGCGAUACCCAACAUGCAGAAGGAGACGAGGCCCUCGUUAGUGACCGGCGCCCCCGCGGUACGCCAGGCCCCGCCCCCCGCCACCACUGCUGCCACUACCGCUGCCACCGAGGAGGAGGAAGACGCCAACAGCUACGACUCUGAUGAUGCCACCACGCUGGGGAUGCUGGAGUUCAGUCUGCUGUACGAGGAGGAGAACAGCGCUCUGCACUGCAACAUCAUCAGAGCCAAGGGCCUGAAACCGAUGGACUCCAACGGACUGGCUGAUCCAUACGUUAAACUGCAUUUACUUCCUGGAGCCAGCAAGUCCAACAAGCUCCGCACCAAGACUCUCUACAACACCCUGAAUCCAGCCUGGAACGAGACCCUGGUCUACCAUGGCAUCACCAACGAGGACAUGCAGAGGAAAACCCUCAGACUGUCGGUGAGUGAUGAGGACAAGUUCGGACAUAAUGAGUUCAUCGGAGAGACGCGGGUGGUUCUGAAGAAGCUGAAGCUCAAUCAGAAGAAGAACUACAGCGUGUGUUUGGAGCGAGUGGUGCCGGUGAAGCGAGUCGCUGCUGGAGGGUCGGUGCGCGGUAUGGCUUUGUAUGAAGAGGAGGUAAAGGAAGGUGAGGAUGCGGAGGAGCGAGGUCGUAUUUUGGUGUCGCUCACGUAUAACAGCCAGUCCGGCCGGCUCAUUGUUGGCAUCAUUCGCUGCGCCCAUCUGGCUGCUAUGGACUCCAAUGGCUACUCCGACCCUUUCGUCAAAAUAUGCCUGAAGCCAGACAUGGGGAAGAAAGCUAAGAAUAAAACCCAGAUCAAGAAGAAGACCCUGAACCCUGAGUAUAAUGAGGAGUUCAGCUAUGAGAUCAAGCAUGGAGAACUGGCCAAGAAGACUCUGGAUAUCUCAGUGUGGGAUUACGACAUGGGGAAAUCCAAUGAUUUCAUAGGUGGAUGCCAGCUUGGCAUCACAGCUAAAGGAGAAUGCCUGAAGCAUUGGUACGAGUGCCUGAAGAACAAAGAUAAGAAGAUCGAGCGCUGGCAUGUUCUCUUCCACCAGAACAACAUGGAGGCUGAAGCUGACUGAGCCACGCCCACUUCCUGCCUGAUCUCUGUGACUCCAUACCAUCCUGUCUUCCUCUCUACCCCCCCCCCCUCCACCGACACUGUGUUAUUAAUACGACUCUGUUUUAAAUUCUGUUCUGAGGGUCCAAGAGUCUGAGACCACUGAUAAAAAUCUAUAUUUUACAUUAUUUUAUGUAUUCAAAGUAUUUUUCCCUUUUUUUUUUUACAAAUGUGAUUAUUUCUCACAAAAUAUGGCUAUAUUUGUUUAAACAUGACGUUUAAAGUAUGUCAAAUACUAGUCAUGUCUUCGCUGAUUGACUAUAUUUGGGUUCAGUUAUAAGUUAUGUUCAUUUUAUGAUUAUCGUCACUUGCUAUCAUUGUUAGAAUUCGUAAAAUUCUACAUGUUUAAUUUCAUUGUGUUCUCAGACUUUUGUACCUCACUGUAUGCGGUUGGUAUUGCGUGGUGGGUAAUCUCAAUAUAUCGUCCAUGUUGGUGACUUGGGGUUAUAUUCCUGUAUGAGAAAGCAAACUGCGCUAAGGCUGCCCGAUAUUGGGGAAAAAAUAACAUUGCGAUACUUUUUUCUGCAAUAUAUAUAUGUAUAUAUACAGUACCAGUCAAAAAAGUCUGCAUUGUAGAUUAAUCAUCAAGAGUUAAUUACUUGAACUUCUUGUCUUUUCCUUCAUAAUCUGAUAGAUUACUUCAUUAUUUAUUUACUAUAUAGGAAAAAAAUAAAUAAAAUAGGUAAAAUCAUUAAACGAGAAGGUCUGUCCAAACUUUUGACUGGUACUGUAUUUAUGAUUAAAUUUGCAUUGCCUGCGAUAUGGCUGUUGCGCAUGCAGGCAUUGCGAUGAUGAUGCAGAUGCGAUAUAUCGUGCAGAUCGUGCAGAUAUAUCGGGCUAUACCAAUAAUCUAUACCUCUACAUACACUCUGCGUUCGCCUGUCGCUGUUACAUAUGUAGAAUCGUAACUCGCUCUGGAGAAACAGAGAAAAGCCAAAAGCCGUAAAUAUAAAUAUAAAUAUAAAUGUACAGUAUAUACGCCACAGUGUUUAUCUUGUUUUGAUCAUCUAUGAUAAACUAUUAUAUAUAAAACCAGUGAAUUAUGUUACAUUAAAUCGACUCACUGAUAUCCUCUAUUGUAACAGAUGCAUCAGUGCUCACUUAUUUAAUAUAGAGAAAAUGCCCUACGCUCAUGGAGUUAACCUCUUCUGUUGUCUUUAGGGUGAAAAAUCACCCGCCACCAUGUUUAACAGGAGAGAAACAACCUUAAAUGACUUUACGUUGAGUGACCCAACAUUAGAGAGUUGAGAGACCUCCAUUAAAAAUCUGUUACACACCAUUUUUGAUUCUGUAUCAUAUAUUUAGAGAAUAUUAUACAAUGACACAAGGGUUAAUGGACAUUUUCUCAACCAUCAUUUUAUUAUUGUUUAUUAAUAUUAUUUGUAGAAUUGUUGGGAUUGUUCUCACUGUGAUUAAAGGUUAAUUCGGUUUAUUUGUUGAAUGCUCAGCCUGCGCGCUACUGUAACUCAGUGUAUACACCUGUAUUAUCUGCAGUUAAUGUGGUCAAUAAAGUAUGAAUGACCCUGCGUAA